AUGACGCAAUCGAAACUUCCGAGUUUUCUGCUUACCACGUGGUUGUUGCUCGGCACGAUAGCGACGAAAUCGAGAAUGGGGGAGUUUCUGCACAAUUUACAGGAAUACGAGAUCGUUCAUCCUCGAGUGAUCUCGAACGAGAACGGGAGAGGAAGGAGAUCGACUCGAGAAAGUUUGGAACCGAUGCUCCUCGAGAUCAGCAACUGGACACUGAGGACCGUGGUCAACGAUCGUUUCCUCUUCUCUACAAAUUUCACCGUGGAUUGGGUGAAACGUGGGAAAAGGAGGUUGGAGGAUCACGAAAAGGCGAGAUGCGAUCUACGACGGGGAAGUUUGGAAGGCGACGAGAAUUCCUUCGUCGUGGUCACUAUUUGCGAGGAGGAGGUGUACGCGAUGAUGCUGACCGGUCAGAGAUCGUUCUUCGUGCAACCAUUGACGAACGGUGAACACGUUAUGUUCCAGUCGAGGCAGGUUAAGUCGUGGUGGUCGACGAGAAAAAAUUUGGGUGACGAUGUUGUUGUUGCAGAGAAAUCGAAGAAGUUAAAGAGAAAAGAUAAAAAAUCGAAGCGAAGAAGACGGGAAUCGUUGAAUCACGAUGUUCAGACAUUUUACAAUCUUUCCGGUGACAUAUUUGACGUGGAGUAUCCAGAAGCUGAGAAAUUAAUUCUAUACGAUGAAAAAGAAGAAAUAUCUGCAGAGUAUAACGAUACGAGUGUGGAAGAAUUACCGAUUGACGUAAAUUCUGAGGAGAUUGGACAUUUUUCUGGACCCAAAUGGCAAAGAAAUAAAAUAUCGAGAAGAAAACAAGGCAGUAAAGAAUCGCCGCCACGAUGGUUGGAGCUUGGAAUAGCUGCAGAUUAUUCUGUGAUCGAUUUUCACGGAAUUCGAGUACAACAAUAUAUCUUGGCACUUUUGAACAUCGUCAGCGCGAUUUAUAUGGACCCGUCACUCGAUUCGAACAUGGUUCUUGUGAUCGUGCGAAUGAUUUUAUACGCGGAGAAAAGAGAUGGAAUGGUUCGCCGUGGCGACGCCAGACGUUCUCUCGAAAACGUAAAUAAAUGGAAUAGAAAAAUGCUAUCCUCGGCAGAUGUAAAUCAUGACGUUGCAGUAUGGCUGACACGGUUAGAUAUAGGAGGUCCUUCCGGAUACGCACCUGUGUCGGGGGUAUGCGACCCCUCCAGAUCGUGCGCCUUGAAUCGAGACGAGGGUUUGACUAGUGCUUUCAUCAUAGCUCAUGAGGUGGCACACAUUCUAGGCUUGACUCACGACGGGGACGAGAUGACCGGAAACGCUUGCAAGGAAGAGGGAUCUCGAGGAAGCGUGAUGGCACCCAUGGUCGCGGCCACGUUUCAUCACUUUUAUUGGUCCGCCUGUUCCAAAAAGGAAUUCCAUCGAAGAGUGAGACGGUGGUCCUGUUUGCUGAACAAACCGAGACACGAUAACCUAGGCCAAUUGAGAACAACCGUUCGGGAGACGUUCACCAUGGACGAGCAAUGUCGCAUGGAAUUUGGCGAAGGUUACGAGCAUUGCAAAACUUUUGACAUCGAGGAACCAUGCUCCCGUUUAUGGUGUGGCAACACCAAUAUUUCCGAAUCGUGCAAGACAAAGAAGGGACCGCCGUUGGAAGGCACGUUGUGUGGAACCUCGAAGUGGUGCAUAAAGGGUCGAUGCGUAUCAACGAAUAGAAAGAACUUCGAUUUUGGCGUGAUAUUGAAUAAACCUAGAAACGGUGGUUGGAGUGGAUGGACUUUCUGGAGCAAGUGUUCGAGAACCUGUGGAGUAGGAGUACAGUGUCGAACGCGAAAGUGCAACAAGCCUUUGCCAGCCUACGGUGGAAAAUACUGUUCAGGCCCCAGCGACGAUUGCAGGGUAUGCGAUUUGCCAAUGUGUUCAACCUCGAUCGAUCUCAGAGCUCAACAGUGCACCAAAUUGGCCAAUAUUCUGUAUCUCGAGAGAUUCGAUUCCACUAGCGACGUAACUUGGCUACCUCACGCCUCCAAUCAGGAGAACCUGAAAUGUCGAUUGGUCUGCAGGAGUAAAGAGACAGACGAGAUAUUUUACACGAGGAAGCACUUGAUCGAUGGUACCCCAUGCUCUUACGGAUCGACGGAUAUAUGUAUACAGGGUGAGUGCCAUGAAAUGGGAUGCGAUCACGUUUUAGGAUCGAAAAAAGUGUUCGAUAUCUGCGGUGUAUGCGAUGGUGAUAAUUCGAGUUGCGAAAAUGUCAUCACCAAAUUCCAUCGGAAGCUUCGACGAGAAGUAACACGCGUCGCUAUAAUACCACGGGAGGCGCACAAUUUGUGCAUGAACGUCACAAUAACUGGGACUCCGCACUUCCACAGAGAUAACCUAACAAUCGUGAUAGGCGAUGGUAGGAGAAGACGAAACGUUCAAGAGAAUUUAGCUUCUCGAAAGCGAGAUAUAACGAUCGUUCAAGGUGCUGCCUUUCGAGUUCAGAAGCGUGGUAAUAACACGUAUUCCAUAGAGGCAAAUGGUACUACGUUCGAAGAUGUCGUCAUUUUGCUUAUGGUAGCAAAGAAUACGAUACAGCAAGGAAUCUCGACUACGGUUUCCUUGAGUUAUUUCUUAAAUCGCGAUGAAAGGAGCGCUAAGGAUAGAUAUGUAUGGCUGUUCGGUGGUUGGAGCUUUUGUUCGGCCAGUUGCGGUGGUGGAACCCGUCAGAAAAUGAUAGUCUGCAAGGAUGAGAAAACAGGGAGAAUAGUGUCGCGAAGAAAAUGCCCGCUGACAAUGAAACCGAGUCAAGAGAUAGAGAAAUGCAACGUCUUUAGUUGUACCUUCAAAUGGAUACCAGGUCCAUGGGAAGCAUGUUCAACUACAUGUGGAAAAUUUGGCGUACAAUUACGACAGCUCUAUUGCAUUCAUUCGGGUUUCAAUGGAACAGAGAUGAAUAGGAAUAACGAGAUAGAGGUGUACAGAACGAUGGUACAAUCAUCCAUAUGUCAAUCGAGUCCUAUGCCUACGAGUACCAGAGAAUGCAACAGGAUUCCUUGCCCUGGACGUUGGAUUUUUACAAACUGGUCCUCGUGCUCGAAGAAAAAUGGGAAAGGUAUACAGUCGAGAAUAGCCAGAUGCAUUCCUCCAGAGAACGAAUCGUUUUACAAUUGCGACGGUCCGACCGUAAAAACGGUCCGUUCUUGCACCGGUCACGUGACAAGAGCUAUCGAAUUUCCAUCUCGUUGCCUCGGAGACAAGAAUCGAUUCUGCUCCAUACCGAGUUUGAAACGAUACUGCAGCGUGGCUGCUUUUAGAAAAAGGUGUUGCCGUUCUUGCGAAAAAAACGAAAAUUUCGAUUCGUCCAAUUCUUUCGAUCGGGAACACCGCAUGUUGCAAACUUGAAUCAAAUUUAAAAUUGUUUUUAAUAAAUAUAUUUAUUGUUUGCGAUAAAUUUAAAAUAGAAUUUAUUUUAGCAUUUAAAUUAUUUCAGAUAUUGAGAUGAAAGAUUAUGGUAACAGACUAAGAUUUAUUUAAAUUUCGAGUAUACAAUACACAGUGAUAUUAUCAUUAGUGCGAAUUAAAAAAUCUAACAAAAUAAAUCCAAAUCAAAAAAAAAAAAAAAAAA